GACACCUAAAGCGGGACUCACUGGUGUGUGUGUGUGUGUGUGUGUGUGUGUGUGUAAAGAGAGCUAACACACACUCUCACACACUUAACAUUUGGACACAACAUGGCGAUGAGGCGCCGAGAGACACGACGACUCUUCCCCGACUAACACAACCACGUUAUGUUUAUAGGUGGGGGGAAGCGCGCGACAGGGAAAUACGUGAAAUUGCGCGCAACUAAUUAAACCUGAAGAGAUUUUUCCCGAAUUCCAUUAUAUGCAUGUAGCUGUAGCGGUCAUAUAAAGCACACACUGCUUUACCCCCGCUGCUGGAAACCAAACGCUCUACAUGGCGGUGGAGAAUAUCUGGUUCUUCUGUCUACUUUCUCUGGGUUACUGUGGAUUAUCCGUGCAAGAGAAGCCCGUAUCCGUGGAGCUAAGCUGUGGUGCUGGUCCUGUCCAUGUGGUUUUGGAGCCUGAUCACCCUCUGCUGCUGGAAUGCCAUCUGGGGGCCAGUGAGCCCCCCCUCAACGUGACCUGGCUGCGGGAUGGGGCGGUCCUCUCAGAAAGCCAGACCAUCCGGCCUCUGCCCAACGGAUCCCUGCUCAUCUCGCCCUCUUCCACGGAUGGCCAGGCUCCAGUGGGUGUGGAGGGCGGAUACAGCUGCCUAAGUACCAGCUCGACGGGAGCCCUGACCAGCCGAGCUCUCACCCUGCAUCUCGCCAGCUUGUCCCGUUUUCUUCAGGAUCCUGAAGCUCAGGUCGUGCAAGUAGGUGGCACUGCCCGCUUUGAGUGCUAUGUAGAUGGCUUGCCCACCCCAAGUAUCACCUGGGAGAAAGACCAGGCUCCCCUACCAUCACCCACAGAACCUUCCAGGUACAUAUCCCUUCCUAAUGGGGUGCUGCAGAUUUUAGGGGUCACUAAAGAAGACGAAGGCUUGUACCGUUGCGUGGCCUUCAACUCUGCCCGUAAGCGCUUCAGCCAAGAGGCUUCACUCACGGUUAGCCCAGGUCUGUCUCAAGAGAGUGAAGUCGUGAUUGUGGCUCCACCACGUAACUCUACAGUGGUCAUGGGUCGUCCGGCUGUGAUGGAGUGCAUGGCUCAGGGUGAACCCAAACCUUUCGUAUCGUGGAGCAGACAGGAUGGGAAGCCUAUAGCUACAGAUGUGGUUGUCUUGGCAACCAACCUAGUGAUUCCUGACACCCGCAGUCACCAUGCUGGAGUGUAUGUGUGUCGUGCCAACAAACCCAAGACCAGAGAUUUCGUCUCAUCUCUCGCUGAACUUCGAGUUCUGGCUCCACCGGUCAUCCUCCAGCCCCCAGAGGCCGUGUCCCUGUCCCGGGGGAAUACAGCUCGGUUUGUGUGUAAUAGUUCUGGUGACCCUCCCCCUGCUCUGCGCUGGCUGAAGAAUGGAGAACCGGUCCAGUCUAAUGCCCGGGUUAAGACUCAGAACCCUGGAGUUCUGCUCAUCAACCAGCUGCGGCUGGACGACGCGGGAUACUACCAGUGUAUUGCUGCCAACAGCCUGGGCACCGCCUGUGCCACUGCCAAGCUGUCCGUCAUCGUGAGGGAGGGUCUGCCCAGCCCUCCUCGUCAUGUGUCGGCCAUACCCCACUCCAGCACUUCUGCCCUGCUCACCUGGGACCCACCUGAACACAAUAGCGACCAGAUCAUUGGCUUUUCAGUACACUAUCAACGCACAGCAGGCUCAGACAACAUGGAGUAUCAGUUUGCAGUGAAUAACGACACGACAGAGCUGCAUGUAAAGGAGCUGCUCCCUCACACGGCCUACACCUUCUAUGUAGUGGCCUAUUCGCCCAUGGGUGCCAGCCGCCCAUCACAGCCCGUUACAGUGGAGAUGCUAGAGGACGUUCCCAGCGCUUCUCCGCAGCUGUCCCUGCUGAGCACUUCUCCCACUGACAUCAGAGCCAUGUGGCUGCCUCUGUCCUCACAGCUGAGCCGCGGAGCCAUCACACGCUACCGCAUUGACUACAGAGCACUGGAGCAGGUGGAUCACAUCUACUCUGUGGAAGUGGGUGGGAAUGAGACGCAGGUGACUCUGAGGGAUCUGAAACCAAAUCAAACGUACCAGCUCCGGAUUGCGGCGGGAACGCGAGCUGGGUUCAGUCAGUCUUCUGAGUGGGCCUCGCACCACACACCAAACCUUACUCAGGUGCUCUUUGCUCCCACUGAGCUCAAAGUGAGAGCCAAAAUGCAUUCCCUCCAUGUCACAUGGCAGCCCCCACCCAAUCAUACUCAGAUCACCGGUUAUAAGCUUUCCUGGCGGGAAUUGGAUGGAGAGGAGCUGCCCAAUGAGGAGAAGCCUAUGAUCAAUGAGAGGAUUCAAAAGAUCAAACUGAGGAAGAGAGUUAAACACCAUGAGGUCACAGGCCUUGCUCCCGAUCAGCUGUAUGAGGUGAAAGUUUGGGCGUUUAACAAACAGACUGAGGGUUAUCCUGCUGUCUGGAAGGGCAGAACAGAGAAGAUCACACGAGUGCAGACGACAGACUCUCUCCCACCAUUGCCACCCAUCAGCGUCAGAGCCCGUGCAAACAGUUCCACCUCUAUCUGGCUCCGCUGGGAGAAACCUCACUUUAGCAACGUGCGAAUCAUCAACUACACUAUACGCUGCAGCCCUGCAGGAAUACGUAAUGCAUCGCUGGUCUCAUACUAUACCAGCUCUUCUCAGGAGAUUUUACUGGAAUCACUAAAGCCCUUCACCAGCUAUGAAAUUGCUGUGCAGUCUAAUGGAGUUGAUAUGAGUGGCCCUUUCAGCAGCACAGUAGAAGAGUCUACGCUUCCAGACAGACCCUCCUCUCCUCUGGAUAUGCAGUUGAGCGCUCUGGACUCAUACUCUGUUCUGGUGAGCUGGCGCCCUCCACUGGAGCCAAAUGGUGUCAUUUUGACCUACUGGAUCCUCUACACUUGCAACAUCAGCCAUCCAGAUCACCUGUGGAUAAACCUCACACACGAUGGUUCUGUUAUCAGUGCGGAGGUCCAAGGCCUGACGAGUGGGACACGUUAUUAUUUUAAGAUGGGGGCUUGCACUGAAGUUGGGGUGGGACCAUAUUCACCUGUGAAGGAUGUUUAUACUCCUCCAAAGAAAUAUGAGCUGGAUAUCCAUGCUGUGACUGGUAUCAUAGUAGGAGUGUGUCUUGGUCUGCUCUGCAUCCUGCUCUGCAUGUGUGUCAGUUUCCGCCAUGGAAAAACACGGGAUGUGUCCGGUGGGCUUGACUCGAGUUCUCUGAGUCCUCAGUACAGGAAGGGUGCCCGUCCAGUGCCUGCUACUGCGCCCGACUGCAGUGACUGCCAUGAGCUGGAAACCCUCAUGCCCUCUAGUGCACAAGACCCCAACAAACCCCUCACAGACCUCACUGAGGAACAGAGUCUCAUGGCUAACGUAGGAGGCACUGAUGAUGGCCCUGCAGAAAACAAGCCAACCUGGAAUGGAUCCGUAAGUCGGAACUGGGCCAAUAGGAUCACCAGAUACAGAGAUACUAUAACCGAAGAUUCUUCUGCUCUCAUCAAUGGAGCUCUUGAGGGGCCGCCGACAGACAGCAGUAAGAGCGGUCAUGUAGAGAGGCUCUAUUCCCUCAGCAAGAACCAGGUGGAGGCUGAAGUCAUCGUACAUUCACAGCUGUCAAACGCGACGGCUGACCAGGGUCCACAAAGCGACAUGGAGAUCUCUCUCGAGUCCCCAUCUUCCAAGCACCCUUCUCCUGGAGAGAAGGCGAUGCCAUCAAACCCGCAUCCACCUAAUGCCCACAGCGAGGACAACCAUGAGACUCAAUCUCCAUCUCCGACCCCCAGCACUCACAUCUCAGACGUACUCUCCAAUCACAAUGGACCAUUUGAGAGCGGUCUCAGCCAGCCGACAAUGGGCGGUGCCAAAAACCAAGGAGUGGGGCUUACCAAUGGCUUCCACUCGUCCAAACCUCUUCGUUCAAAGGCAGAGACCCUAGAGAACGGGGCCCACAAACUGUGCCCCACAGGAAACGUUCUGCCCUCACCAGGUCUCCCCGCUUCCCCAUCAAACUUCGCCAGCUCUGGCCUUGUCCAUUCUACCUCAGGGGCCCAUACCUACGUGUACCCCUAAGCUGGAAGGAAGCGAAGCGUAACAAACGGUGUUCCCAAAGUUCUGGAACAGAGAAAGACACCAGAGGAGACCAACGAGUGGCACCUUCCUGCUGGAGAAGUUGAUAUUUUCUCGUAGCCACGCACGCCUCUUCUCUCGGCUGUUUUAUUGCAACCUUUUGGUUCCAUUAUUUUAUAUGUAUGUACAUAUAGAAUAUUUUUUUAGCACUAGUAUCCAUGGAUAUGCGUUUUAGGGCAUAUCAGUGGCACACUUUAACCCCUCUUUGUGUGCAUGUAUGGAAUGUGCUGAAGUGGUUUACAUGUUUACAUGCACACGUGAAGUCAAGAGUGUUCUUACUUAGAGAUGAAGGAUCCUGAAAUCAGCCCUACAUAAGGAAACAGAACUCAUUCACGGGACGCCCGUCAUGGAUAGGUCCGAGAUCAGUGCCAAUGGGUGGAGACCUUGUCAGAGAAAAUAACCCUGCCACAAAGUUCACCUCCUGCUGUCUCAGGGUCACCACACAUAAACACACACUCACACACACACACAAACACACAGAUUUGUGUUUAAAACGGUUUUUGCAGAAAAUUAGCACCAUUUAUUUCAGUUCAGUCAUGGUAUCAUUUAUAGGGAAUGUUUACCUAUAAAUGAACAUAUUGUCAUUUACUCUCCGGGUACGUUGCUCCAAACCUGUGCAUGGAUGAAAAUAUAGUUUGUUUUCUGCAGAAGAAAGAAAGUCAUACAGGUGUGGAAGAACUUGAGGGUGAGUAAAUGACAGAACUGUCUUUUAACUUAGACUUUUACAUACAUACACGCUCAAACAGGCUCAAAUACAGUACAAAUAAAUUAAAACACACAUUCCCUGACUGGAGCGUAGUGUCUCAGGAGUAUCAAUUUCAAGGUGCAUUUGUACAUACACGAUUGCUGUAUCAAAUACAUGUCGAAAAACAUGACAAAAAUGAAGAAAAAAAUCUUGAAGGAAAACCACACACAAGGAACACUAAGAAUCCAUGUACAUUUUUUAUCAUUUCAACUCUGAGUGUACUUGUAAAGACACAUCACACUGAUUCAUGCUCCAAGUUUUUCUCAGUCAACAGCACUACCUCAUUUCUUUACAGGAUUGUUUUUUUUCUGUGUGAUUUUGAGUAUAGUUAAGAAGUCAGCUUCUUACGGGCGGAUUUUAGCCCGUCUGAUUCAUAGCCUUUUGAAUAAUAGCAGAAUCUACUGCCCUUCUCACUGUCUGUAUUUUCUUGUAAAACGGUUGCUGAAACUUUCGUCUCUGAUUAUUAGCUUAUGUGCAAGCAUGUGGUCAUCUGCUUGUGUAGUCCUUUGCUAUGGAAAUCCAAACUUGAUUAUCACAACAGUUCUGCAAUAUACCCUUCAGACGAAAGGAUGAAAACACAAUGGAAGGCUGACCACACGGUUUAAUUAGACCUCAAGGUUUGUGUCCGUAAGAUCUACCUGUUGACAUGCCAGUCAUCUCUUUUUCUCAGGAACUUCUACGCAGGGAGUCUGAGAAGAACAUUUUCAGCCAAACUAAGAAAUAGCCUCCAUCUCUCAGACAGGUCUUGUCCCAUACCUUAUUCUUUGUCUUUAGGCCAUGUGUCUGUCACCAUUUAGAGUUCAUCUGGAACUGUAAAUAAAUUUUGUCCUUCAUGCAAAAUCAUGUUUGUAUUGCUGCUGAGAGCAGGAUCUGUAUCUGUUGCGCUUCCUUUUUAUGCAUUUUAAAUGCUUAUUUAAAGUAGUUUCUUUUGUGUUAACGCUGUUAAUUUUGGAAGAGAAACAUCAACAAACUUUCAGAAUCCUGCCGUCGUACUUCAGGUCAUUGACAGGACUGCCAACAUCAACUCUCAGUCUAGUCUGUCUCAGUCAUCGCCACAGUUCAGCUGAUUGUCAAUAACUUGACUGAAUAGUGCUUUGGUGCUAGAGCAAGACUAGGUUACUUUUAAGAUGGUCUUUUAAACAUUCCAGUUUUUGUACAGCAGGCCGAACUCAGGGCUGAUCAUGUAGGAAAUGAAGAUGAUGAAUGUCUGAAUUACUCUGGCUGCUUUUUUUUUUUUUUUUUUUUUUUUUUUUU